AUGGCGUCUUCGAGGGCACUUCAAUUCGGAAAGCAUCUGAAGGAAUUGAGGCUACACCUGUGCCAGAAGUCCGCAGAAACCCAAGGUAUAUGCCCGAUAUGGUCAUACCAUAAGGAGUCCACCAUACAAGAAAAGGGACCCGAACGUAUCCGUGUGACGUCAGCUCCUUAUCCAGCAGACCUCCUCCAGCAGCUGCCCAACACUGUGUACGGGGCCAUCUUGCGCGGGCGCACCCAAAAUGACAGCGAGAAAGGACUCGGCUAUUGGACAGAAAAUGGCGAAUUACGUUGGAUCACUUACGACGAGCUAGUGCAGCGGUGCCAAUAUUUCGGCUCUGCCAUGCUCGCCGUCGGUGCUGUCCCGGGAAAAAGUAUCAUCACAGUCAACUGCAGCAACAGCCUCGAGUUCGCAGUAGCCAAUUACAGCAACAGCUUCUAUUCCCUCAUCUCCUGCCCCGUCUCGGCGAAUGUGGAUCGAGACAUAUUUGCCCACAUCCUGAACCAAGUGGAAAGCACAACCGCUGUAUGUGGGAAUGCAGACAUGGUGGAGUCCAUUGUUAGCAGCAGGCGGAAUUUCCCACUGCUCAAGAUCAUUAUUUCCCUUAGAUCACUGUCCAGGGAUCUGAUAUCUGCUGCGAGGGGUCAAGGGAUUGAUGUAAUGCUCUUGCAGGACUUUAUGGAACUUGGCAAGAAGACUGAGCAAGCUCCAAUACCUCCUUCUCCUGAAGACACGUACGCAAUCCUUUACACAAGUGGAACAACGGGUAUGCCGAAAGGUGUUCAAGUGACUCACCAGUGCCUUAUGGCAACAUCCCAUGGAGUCAACUUCCAGGCUGGGCCAAUGAAGGUGAUGCCAAAGUCCAUCUGUUUUUCCUACCUCCCAACGGGCCACAUAUAUGAACACAUCUACCAGACAACAAUACUUGGUGAAGGUGGCAGCAUGACAUACUAUCGAGGAGACAUAAAGGGCAUUCUCCAAGACAUGCAGGUGGUCCGUCCAGAAAACAUUCCAGUAGUUCCCCGAAUUCUGAACAGGAUUUACUAUGCUGCUCACCAGGAAGCCAAAAAAAGUUCCUUAAAAAACAUGCUCUUCCACCUGGCCAUUAAACAAAAACGAAAGCUGCUAAAACGAGGGAUCAUUACCCAAAGCACCAUCUGGGACCGUCUUGUGUUCAAGAAGGUUCGUGACAUCUUGGGUGGGAACGUGAAGAAUGUCAUUACUACCUCAGCACCAGUAUCUGCAGAAGUCCUUGAGUUCUUUAGGAUGGCCUUUGGAUGCUUUAUAGCGGAAGUCUAUGGAAGUACUGAAGCAAGUUGUCUCACAAGCACAGCAGCCUAUGACACAGAAGGGGGCCACGUGGGUGCAUUGUUUCCUGGAGUUGAGAUGAAGUUAGUCGAUGUGCCUGAAAUGGACUAUUUUGCAAAAGAUGACCAAGGAGAGAUUUGCGCAAGAAGUCCAAUGACAUUCAAGGGCUACUACAAAAACCCUGAAGCAACAGCAAGUACAAUAAAAGAUGGAUGGAUUCACAUGGGCGACAUUGGCCGAUGGAACGAUAGAGGCGCUCUCGUAGUCAUAGACAGGAAAAAGGACAUGUUUAAGCUCUCCCAGGGUGAAUUCAUUGCACCAGAACGAAUAGAGAACAUCUACAGCAUGUUGGACACCAUUGCCACUGUUUUCAUUGAGGGUCAUGCCACACAGUCCUACUGUGUUGCGAUCGCAAUCCCAGAUGAAAUCAAGUUGCGAGAACUAGCAGCAUCACUUGGUAUCAACCCCAAGGUUGAGCUCAACGAGCUUUGCAGCACUCGGGAAGUUAGAAGAGCGUUCCUGAAGAAAAUGCAAAAAGUCGGAAAGGAAAAUGGGCUCAGUUCCUUCCACCAGGCGCAGAAUCUGCAUCUGCACCCAGUAACAAACAUUCUCGAAAGCAACCUCGUCACAAAUACCCUUAAGCUGAAGCGAUUCCACGCCAGGCAGGUGUUCAAGGACACUAUAGACAGCAUGUACAAGGAAGGACCCCUGGUUGAUCUCACUAGGGAAUACAUCAGCGCGAAUUCUGAACAGUCUUGAUACUGUAAUCAAUAGUAGCCGCCGAACCCUUUCAGAGACCUGGUGAUGAACUGUUCAACUCUAGCAAUUAAUGUUUAUUAAAUUUGUACAGCAAGAUCUUCAUAAAUAUUUGGAGCUGUUUACAGUGCAUUUCACAAUAAAAAUUUUUACGUAACACG